AUGGUUGGGGUUGAUUAGAAAAGGGACACCACACGCACCCCAGGACACGAAAGAAGAGCGCAGAUGACAAACCCAAAGCGGAGCUUGGGCUCAGUUGUCUUCAACAUGUCGUGCCAUGCUGGUGGCGGCAAUGGUGUUCGAAGCCUGCGCUAUCCUGCCGGAGGACAUGGCCGCUAUCAGGGCAAGUGGCUGAGGAACCAACACCACGGCUAUGGAGUGAAAUCGAGCCGUCGUGGAUUGGUGUACGAGGGCCAGUGGCAGCAGGGCCAACGUCAUGGCUACGGAUCCAUGCGGCGCUAGUCCCCUGAUGGCCAGGUGCAUCGCCUCUAUGUGGGUCAGUGGCGCCAUGACAAGCGCAGCGGGGAGGGAAAACAGUACUACGACGAUGGAUCCGUCUACUUUGGUCAGUGGCAGAUGAACAAGCGGCAAGGACGCGGCAUACAUUGGUAUGCGGACGGACGCGUCUAUGUGGGAGAAUGGCUCCAGGAUGCCAUGCACGGACGGGGCGUCCUCUUCUCGGCAAACGGAAAGCGCUAUGUGGGAGAGUUCCAGGAGGGCUGCAAGUCGGGCGCUGGCUUCUUCUACCACGGACAGAAUCGGAUUCAGUUUGGUCAGUGGGUCCAGGACAUCUGCAAGAGCUCGCUGAUGCCCGUGCUCAAGCAAUAAGAACAUUUUAGACAUUCUCUGGAAGGUCGA